AAGAGAAGAAGGCUGGACGAAACCAUUCAUCCACCCGCCGCAGAAAAAUGAUGCACGACGAAUGAUCGCGUUAUGAUUUAGGUCAUUUUCCAGAGGGGAUUGCAGGGAUGCGUCCUAAUUAAAUGGGAAAAUUGCGAAUCUGGGUAAUUUAGGACUGGAUUAACGUCGUAAUCUCACGGAUCCUCUUCAUCCUCCUCAUCUCUGCGGAGAAUAAACAGCCAUUUAGGAAGCGGACAUGAUCGCCGAAAUACGCCGAUACGCCGAAAUUCAGGCAGUCCUGAGUAUCCGCGUCCGUUCAGGUUUAGUUUAGUGUUUCUUCUUUGUUUUUAAGUGCUCGUCAUGAUUUUUCUCGCACAAAUGUUGGCGCUGCUGAUCCACAGCGGACGGCGGGGAGUCACUACGAGUCCCACCGACGAGGGAGCGCUCCGGGCCGCGCAUGGGGAGCACGGAGAGCCGGGGCACCAGGAGCCUCACAAGGACUCAUACAGCACCUUUGCCUCCGAGUUUCUUGAGUCCAGAUAUCUGUCCGAUGAUGGUUACCCGUUCCCCACCGCUCCACCAGUGGAUCCUUUUGCCAAGAUCAAAGUCAUCGACUGUGGGAUAACUAAAGGCUGCAUAAGAUAUGGGAAGCCAGGUUGUGAUGCAGAGACAUGUGACUACUUUCUGAGUUACCGCCGCAUUGGGACAGACGUGGAGUAUGAGUUGAGUGCAGACACAGAUGGAUGGGUGGCUGUAGGGUUCUCAUCUGACAAGAAAAUGGGAGGAGAUGAUGUCAUGGGCUGUGUGCAUGACGAUAAUGGGCGUGUGCGGAUCCAUCACUUCUACAACGUCGGCCAGUGGGCCAAGGAGAUCAAGAGGAACCCGGCUAGAGAUGAGGAGGGCAUUUUUGAGAACAACCGCGUGACCUGUCGUUUUAAGAGGCCGUUAUAUGUCCCAAGAGAGGAAACGCUUGUGGACUUACACCUGUCAUGGUAUUACCUGUUCGCCUGGGGACCUGCGAUACAAGGGUCCAUCACGAGGCAUGACAUCGACAGUCCACCGGUCAGUGACCACAUGAUCAGUAUCUACAAGUAUGAGGACAUCUUUAUGCCUUCCACAGCCUACCAGACCUUCAACUCUCCACUCUGCUUACUGCUCAUUGUAGCUCUCACUUUCUACUUAUUAAUGGGAACACCAUAAUGAAGCACGCAGAGAAGAGAUGGGGGAUGAGAAGGAGAAUAAGCAAUAAAAUAAUUUACUGUUUCUGUCCAAUGUCACAGUCAAAUGCACGCUUUGCAAACCUACAGUGUAUUACAUACAAUAUUAAACACAACAGGCAGUAUAUACACAGCAUUUAAUACUCUUAACACAUAUAGCUGAGUGUGAUAAGAUACAAAUACAAGACAAUAGUACCUGUCAGCAUGAAGGGCUCUGACAGAUUUGACCUUUGGGUAAAUAUAGCCUUGAUGAGGAUGUGGUCACUGUGUUUAGGGUAGAAUUUCCCAGCUAAAAAACUAAGAAACACUAUUAAUGCCUGGUGAAAUCUGGCCUUUGUGCUCAGUGACAUUGCCCCAGUGAGUUUGACCUCCACCUCAAUAAUCUUAACCAUCACGUGAAUGAAUAACCAUUGGCAGACCUUGGCUACAUAUGUCUGCCAAGCCAAGACCCAAAUACGGUUGAAAAAAAAAUCCUUGAACUUGACCAC